GACAUUUUAAAACAAAGAGCAGACGGAAGAUGGAGUAAACGAACGUAGUCGGCCAGUUUCGUUCUGAACCCGCUCGUGGUCGUGAUCUGAUGUGUUCCAGUCUCCUGAGAUAGGGGGCGCUGUUUUGAGAAAAUGAAUCUCUCGGAGGAGUCAGAGAGCGAAGCUGGAGCUCUUAGCCCUGCCAGAAAGAGGGUCCGGGUAGGAAGGCCUGUGUCGCCUGUACCCAGCUGUCUGUCAAUGAAGAGUAAUACUUCAAUGGAGCAACCAUACAACUUCAGAGGAGAUCAGGAGACAGGUGAUCAAAGGGUCCGGGUAGGAAGGCCUGUGUCGCCUGUACCCAGCUGUCUGUCAAUGAAGAGUAAUACUUCAAUGGAGCAACCAUACAACUUCAGAGGAGAUCAGGAGACAGGUGAUCAAAGGGUCCAGGUAGAAAGAGCAGGGUCACCUGUACCCAGCUGUCUGUCUAUGAAGAGUGAUCAUUCAAUGGAUCCUCCACUCAGAGGAGAGUUCACAGGUGAUCAAAGGAUCCACCGUUCACUGGAGUCCAGCCAUUUAGAAGAGAAGAGAUCAGAGACAAGUUCCUUACCAAAACAGGAUCUCACUGACUCACUGGAGAGAGAUGAGCAGCACAAUGAAUCCAUUAAAAGAGCCCAGCAGGGACUGAAAACCCAUUUGAAGAAGAAGUUUGAAUACAUAUUUGAAGGUUUAGCAACACACUCAACCCUCCUCAAUGAGAUCUAUACAGAGCUCUACAUCACAGAGGGGGGAAGUGGGGGGGUCAAUAAUGAGCACGAGGUCAGACAGAUUGAGUCAGCAUCCAAGAGACAAACAACCCAGGAGACUCCAAUCGUCUGCAAUGACAUCUUUAAGCCUUUACCUGGACAAGAGAAACACAUCAGAACUGUGCUUACGAAGGGCAUCGCUGGCAUUGGGAAAACCGUCUCUGUGCAGAAGUUCAUUCUGGACUGGGCAGAAGGAAAAGCCAAUCAGGACAUUGAUUUCAUCUUCACUCUUCCUUUCCGAGAUCUGAAUCUGAAGAAGGAAGGAGCAUUCAGUCUGAUGCAACUUCUGCAACACUACUUUCCACAACUGAAAGAGAUCAAAAGUGUUGAAGGUGAUGAAGUCAAAGUUGUGUUUAUCUUUGAUGGUCUGGAUGAAUGUCGACUUCCUCUACAUUUCCAAAGCAAUGUGAUCUGCUGUAAUAUAACAGAGUCAUCAUCAGUGGAUGUGCUGCUGACCAACCUCAUUAAGGGGAAUCUGCUUCCCUCUGCUCUCCUCUGGAUCACCUCCCGACCUGCAGCAGCCAAUCAGAUCCCUCCUGAGUGCAUCCACCAGGUGACAGAGGUACGAGGGUUCAAUGACCUACAGAAGGAGAAGUACUUCAGAAAGAGAAUCAGAGAUCAGAAGCAGGCCAGCAGAAUCAUCUCACACAUCCAGUCAUCCAGGAGUCUCUACAUCAUGUGUCACAUACCAGUCUUCUGCUGGAUUUCUGCUACUGUUCUGGAGACAAUGUUGGGUAAAGUAGAGAGUGGAGAUCUGCCCAAAACUCUGACUGAAAUGUACACACACUUCCUGCUCAUUCAGACUAAUGUGAAGAAUCUGAAGUAUUGUGGCUCUGAUGAAACAAACCCAAAGACAGCAUUAGAUGCAAAAAUCAUCCUGAAACUGGGGCAGCUGGCUUCUGUACAGCUGGAAAAGGGCAAUCUGAUAUUCUAUGAAGAGGACCUGAAAGACAGUGGCAUUGAUGUCAGUGAAGCUUCAGUGUACUCUGGGGUGUGCACAGAGAUCUUUAAAGAGGAGCGUGGGUUGGGUCAGGAGAAGGUCUACUGCUUUGUGCAUCUGAGCAUUCAGGAGUAUCUGGCCGCCUUGUUUGUGUUUCAUUCAUGUGUAAAUGAGAACAGAAAUGUGCUCAGAGUAGAAGAAUCAAAACCUCACAGUGGCAGAGUGCAGCUGUCUGAGUUACAUGAGACUGCAGUGGAUCAGGCCUUACAGAGUAAGAACGGACACCUGGACCUUUUCCUCCGAUUCCUUCUCGGCCUCUCUCUGGACUCCAUUCAGACCCUCUUAGGAGGAAUACUGACACAGACAGGAAGCAGGUCACCUGUACCAGGAAGGCAGACCAGAAGCAGGUCAUCUGUUUCAGGAAGGCAGACAAGAAGCAGGUCAUCUGUACCAGACAAACAGACAAAGACAGAACACAGAUCCGAGAGCAUUGGGAAAACAGUCCAGUACAUUAAGAAGAGGAUCAAACCGGAAUCCUCAGCAGAGAGGACCAUCAAUCUGUUCCACUGUCUCAACGAAUUGAACGACAACUCAUUCAUGGAGGAAAUCCAAAAUUCAGGAAAACUCUCUGAUAAAGAGCUGGAACCCCACCAAUGUUCAGCUCUGGCCUUUGUGUUACUGAUGUCAGAGGAGGUCCUGGAUGAGUUUGAUUUGAAGAGCUACAACACAUCAGAAGCAGGUCGUCAGAGACUGGUACCAGUAGUCAGAAACUGCAGGAAGGCCAUUCUGAACAGCUGUGAUCUCACAGAGAAGUCCUGUGAGAUUGUGACCUCAGCUCUCCAGUCGUCAAACUCACCCCUGAGAGGUCUGGACCUCAGCUACAAUAGCCUGGGAGAUUCAGGAGUGGAGCUGCUGAUGAUUCCACACUGUAAACUCCACAGACUGGGACUAAACAGCUGUGAUCUCACAGAGAAGUCCUGUGAGAUUGUGGCCUCAGCUCUCCAGUCAUCAAAUUCACCCCUGAGAGAUCUGGACCUCAGCUGCAAUAACCUGGGAGAUUCAGGAGUGAAGCUGCUCUGUGCUGGACUGAUGAGUCCAAACUGUAAACUACAGAGACUGGGGCUGGGUUGGUGUAAUCUCACAGAGGGCUGCUGUGAUGUUCUGGCCUCAGUCUUGCGUUCUCCUCACUCAGAGCUGAGUGAUCUGGAGCUGAGAGACAACGAGCUGCAGGAUUCAGGAGUGAGAGCGCUCUCUGCUGGACUGGAGGACCCACACUGUAAACUGCAGAGACUGGGGCUGUCAGGCUGUAGAGUCACACAGAGAGGCUGUGAUUCUCUGGCUUCAGCUCUGUGUUCAAACCCCUCACACCUGGGAGAGCUGGACCUGAGAUACAAUCACCCAGGAGACUCAGGAGUGAGAGCGCUGUCUGCUGCUAAACGGGACACACUCACACUGCUCGUAGACCAUGGAAGAGAGAACAGGACCAAACCAGGACCCAGGAAAUACGGCUGUCGGCUCACACUGGAUCCAAACACGGCGAACAGAGGGCUGUCUCUGUCCGAGGGGAACAGGAAGGUGACACGCACACCGAGGAGAGAGGAGCCAUAUCCUGAUCAUCCAGAGAGAUUUGUAGAUGUGUCCCAGGUUCUGUGCAGAGAGAGAGUGUGUGAGCGCUGUUACUGGGAGGCUGAGUGCAGGGUGUCUGAGGGCGGGCUGGUUCUGGUAGCAGUGGCGUAUAAAGGAAUCGGCAGGACAGGGCGGGGUUUCGACUGUCGGUUCGGACUGAAUAAAAACUCCUGGAGCAUGAGGUGCGAUAAACACAAUUUCCAAGUCUGUCACAAGGGGACGCACACACCUAUACCUGCUCCCUGUGAAAACCGCAGUGCAGGAGUGUGCGAUGAUGGUGCUGGUGCAGGAGUGUGUGUGUACAGGGUAGGAGUGUGUGUGGACCGUCCGGCUGGCACUCUGUCCUUCUACAGCGUCUCUGACUCUGACACACUGACCCUCCUGCACAGAUUCCACACACGCUUCGCUGAAAACACACCCCUCUGUGCUGGGUUUAGAGUGGACGGCUCCACAGUGUCCCUCUGCCAACUGGAGUAGAGUCACACGCUCACUUACACACACACACACACACACACACACACACACACACACACACACUCACACUGCUGUAAGUACACACACACACACACACAGACUCACACUGCUGUAAGUACACAGACACACACACACACACUCACACUGCUGUAAGUACACACACACACACACUCACUCACAGUAUACAGUAGAGCCCUGAUUAGAACUGUAGGCGUAGCCACAAUAAGAUCCGCACAGCCGUUGGGCCCUUGAGCAAGGCCCUUAACCCUGCAUUGCUCCAGGGGAGGAUUGUCUCCUGCUUAGUCUAAUCGACUGUACAUCGCUCUGGAUAAGAGCAUCUGCCAAAUGUCGUUAAUGUGUUAAUGUAAUGUGAAAAAAUAACUAACAUACUGUCAAAAGAUGGCAGGAUGAAAUGCCUUUUCAGUCAUAAUUCUGUCUUUUGUAUCUCUUAAAGAAGCCAGUGGCAAACUGAGCAUUUUAUGAGUGUGUAAAAUUCUGUGUGCAAAUGCAGCUCAUACGGAGAAUGGAGAAUUUUCACUCGUCUACUUAUUUAUUUUCAUUACUGUGAAUUUUAAUGGAUUGAGUUUCCUUCCUAUUAUUGUGUCAUCAUUUUGUUUCAACCUUUUUUUUUUCUUCAAUAUUCCGUGUUUAAAGAUGACAAUCUCCAGUGAUUAAACCUGAAUUGUAAAUACA